AUGGUGAACAUGAUUCACGCAUCACAGAACGUCAAGAUGCUAUUCUCCGAUACUAUGAGGGGACAGUUCAGUAAGGAAGUCUUGCCCGCUGUUGUGUAUGUAGGCACCAAAGUGGGAAGUUCACAUCGACUCAGACCGUACGGUGAUAGGGCGAAUCGUGAAGCUCAUGAGAUGAGCCGCCCAAGUGCUUUUCGUGCAAUGAUUUCUGAAUGUUGCAUGUUUCAAGAUCAUCAGACGUUGCACAAAGACAAGACGGCUUAUAGGACUACAAGGUUCAUUUGCGUAGGGGAAAUUGGAGAACAAAAUGGUAUCGAAAACCAAGUUACAGCUGCAGCAGUUCCAUCUGAGGCUCAAUGGCGCAUUGCCUCCGUAAACAUGGCUAACCAUAUUACUCAGUUCAAUGGGUACCCAGCAAAGGCAAGCUCACGACAGCUAGGUCUGCGAGACUCAGUCAGAGUAGUGAACAUACCACCUGCAAACCUGAAGCAACAGCUAGUCUGCAACCGUGCUUAUGACAGACUUUGUGAGACACCUAACUGCAUCGUUUAUCCGAAUGAGGGUGCUCAUCGCAGAGAGUGUCAUGACAACAACCCUUUCAAGAUAGCUGUCAUGAUCUUGGAACGCGAAUCAGACGUUUUGGCGCGAAAAACAUUGGAAGCAUUUUAUAUCGCCAAAAGUCCAAUGCAUCGCUGUGACCAACGAGGUGGCGCUAUGUCAAGACUCCGCCUCUGA